AUGGGAUGUUCCGGAAUCGGUUGUGUAGUGAACCAGAUCUGCUGGCUAUCGCCCUCUCUCUGCUGCCCACCCACUUUACCAUGGUGGCCAAGGAACGCAUUGACACCAACUACCCCUCUGGCCUGCUCAACUGGCGAGAAGGGCCUUCAAUUUGUGUGUGUGACUUUAAUUGUGUGGAAACCUUUGUCUCUGCUUAUUCCUUGUAGCAUGCUAAACUAUGUUUACCGUUCUUAACACCUGACUCAUUUAAUCAUACCUGGCUAUGUUGUUAAGUCUGUGUUGUUCUUUGUAAUUGAUCCUGUUUGAUGUCGUCCUUCGCUCCAGGUUUGGGGCAAAGUUCACGCUGAACCCAGAUCUUUCCUGUGAGGAGAGGCUAGAACCACAGGCCAUGCUGGAGAGGAGGCUGGGCAGUCUCACCGCUAGAGACCAGGAAAUGACACAUGUGAGUGACAUGUAUCCUGCACACUGAAGGCACCUUGCAGAAACUUUUGUGCAUGUUCGUCUGUAGCAUUUUUUUUUUUAAACUGCAAAUGGAGUAUGUUUGUGAGGGAGGACCAUAUUGUUUUGAACAGGUCGGGCUCUUAUGGUAUGACUUGUUCUCUAUAGAGAGUAAUCAGGCCUAACUUUGUUUGCCUUGAUGGUACUCAACUGAAGCCUGUUUCCUUUGUCUUACCUGCAUGAUGUAACCUUGACCUCUGACCCCUGCGCUUGUGUCUGUUUCCUCCAGCUGUUUCUGUUGGUGUUUAGGUCGUUGCAGCUCUUGUCGACUGGUGCUCUCUCUGCAGCCCUUGUCACUGAAGCCCCCCAUCAGCCAAGGUACAGCCUGACUGAAGGCUUUUGGGUCAUUCCACGAAAUGAUUGCCUUUUGCAUCCCUUUGAUAUUUUAAGUAGACAUUGUGCACCAAUAUUGGAUUUUAAAAUCCUGUUAUAUUAAAUGAAGUGCCCUUUAAUAUAGACCACAUGGAGUAUUCAAUAAAUCAGAUUUUUUAUAUGAAUAAAGACUUGCUAAAGUGCCAAAAUCCCGCAUUUUGACACGUCCCUCCGUGAACCCUCUGUGACUUCUAGGAAGAUUUUAACCCACUUAACCCCAACAUUACUCCAAGUUUCACCAUUAUUGUAAAGCCAUAAUUAUUUGUUGCUUUGACAGUCAUUUCUCAAGAUUAUUAUUUAUUUAAUCUGAUUUAGUUAUUAAUUUACGUCUGUCCCUCAUUUUAAGGUCAACUCAGUUAUGUGAACUGAACUCUCAUUUUAAUGUGGUGAAGCUAUUCCUUUUAAAGUAUUUUUUAAACAUCUAUUAGUCAAACGAUAGUGUAAAAGCAGGUGAACUGGUUCUACACUUUUUUUGACCAUGUUCUGAUGUUUUGUGGUGGAAAAAAUGUCAACCCUGUGUUACCUAUAGAUAGACAGUAUGUCACGAUCGUUGACACAUGAUGAAGCGGACCAAGGCGCAGCGUGAUAGGCGUACAUACUUUUAAUGAGUACUUUACAUCCACAACAAACGAUACGUGAAGUCCUAGGUUAAAUACACAAACCUUCCGGAACAAGAUCCCACAAAUGACAAGUGCCAACAGGCUGCCUAAGUAUGGUUCCCAAUCAGAGACAACGAGAAUCAGCUGCCUCUGAUUGGGAACCACCCUGGCCAACAUAGAAAACACGAACUAGAACACAACAUAGAAAAUAACACAUAGAAACUCCACACCCUGGCUCAACAUAUAAGAGUCCCCAGAGCCAGGGCGUGACAGUACCCCCCCCCCAAAGGCUCGGACUGCGACCGCGCCAACCAAACCCAACAGGGGAGGGGCCGGGUGGGCAUUCCGCCUCGGAGGCGGAUCCGGCUCCGGGCGUGACCACCACUCUCUCGCUACCCCCCCGUAGCGCCCCUGGUCUGGUCUGGCCCCGCUGGCCGGAGCUGGACUGGACACCGGUGGAGCGGAUUGCUCAGGCUCCGGUGUGGAGCAGCUGACCGGUGCCUGACCAGGCACCGGUGGAGCAGGCACGGGCUGUGCCGGACUGACGACGCGCACCACUGGCUUGGUGCGGGGAGCAGGAACAGGCCGGACCGGGCUGGCGACGCGCACCACUGGCUUGGUGCGGGGAGCAGGAACGGGCCGGACCGGGCUGACGACGCGCACCACUGGCUUGGUGCGGGAAUCAGGAACGGGCCGGACCGGACUGGUAACACACCCCAGUACCUCUCGCCGUGCCUCUACACUCUCCUUCUCCCUCGUGAACAGUGGCCCCACGUAACCUGGCGGCCUCCUCUGCAAACCUGCCGAACCGCUCUAUCGCGGCCUCCCGCUGCCUCGCCGUCCACGGUGUGAGCCCCCCACUAAAACAUUUUUGGGCUUGUCUCUCCCCCGUGCUCAUGGCCUCCAUCCCUCUUGCCAGACUCUCACUCAUCUCCUCCCAGGUCCAUCCUCUCUCCUCGUCACGCUGCUUGAUCCAGUCGAGGUGGGAUCUUCUGUCAUGAUCGUCGUAAGAAGCGGACCAAGGCGCAGCGUGAUAGGCGUACAUAUUUUAUUGAACGUACUCACACGAACAAAAACAACAAACCAAUAAACGAUACGUGAAGUCCUAAGGUUAACAAAACACAAACCUCUCCGGAACAAGAUCCCACAAAUGACAAGUGCCAACAGGCUGCCUAAGUAUGGUUCCCAAUCAGAGACAACGAGAAUCAGCUGCCUCUGAUUGGGAACCACCCUGGCCAACAUCGAAAACACGAACUAGAACACAACAUAGAAAAUAACACAUAGAAACUCCACACCCUGGCUCAACAUAUAAGAGUCCCCAGAGCCAGGGCGUGACACAGUAGUGGUGGAAAAAGUACCCAACUGUCAUACUUGAGUAAAAGUAAAGAUACCUUAAUAGAAAAUGACUCAAGUAAAAGACACCCAGUAAAAUACUACUUGAGUAAAAGUAAAAGUAUUUGGUUUUAAAUAUACUUAAGUAUCAAAAGUAAAAGUAUUAAUUAUUUCAAAUUCCUUCCUCUGUUGUCAUGUGACAUCCUUUUUUUUUUUUUUUUACGGGUAGCCAGGAGCACACUCCAACACUCAGACAUUAAUUUACAAACAAAGCAUUUGUGUUUAGUGAGUCCGCCAGAUAAGAGAGAGUAGGGAAGACCAGAGAUGUUCUGUAUACAUGUGCGUGAAUUGGUCAAUUUUCCUGUCAAAAUGUAACAACAACUUUUGGGUGUCAGGGAAAAUGUAUGGAGUAAAAAGUACAUUAUUUUCUUUAGGAAUAUAGUGAAGUAAAAGUUGUCCAAAAUAUAAAUAGUAAAGUAGAGUACAGAUACCCAAAAAAACUACUUACUUAUUUUACACCACUGAUAGACAGGCUAGAAAUGUUUUAACGAUUAUUUUUUUGGGGUGAAACUUACUUUCAAUUGCCCCUCCUGUUGCACACAACAAACUUCCAUUCCCCCUGUCACAAUGAGAUUAAUGGCUGUUUUAAGAUAAAAUCGUCAACCCAUUACUGUAUUUGGCACUUAAUAGGCACUUAUUAUAGUCUUUUUAUUUUAUUUAACCUCUUGAGAUGGGAAAACGUUUUUUAUGAAGUUGAACAUGUGCACUUUAUGAUAGACUGUUAAAAUUAGGUGAAAUCAAAAGUUACACUACUCAAAAGGCACCCAAUCUGUGGAACAACCCUUUUAUUUGUUAGUGUGCUUGUGUUCAUUGGGGUUGUAUGUGUACACUUGUUAAAGUUCACAGGCUCUGUGUGUGUCCUUAUCUGAUCCAAAUAUAUUCCUCAUAGCAAGGCCAAUAACUCAGGUAGCCUGCCUGGGAAGAGUCCCUUGCAGAAGAAACCUCCCAAAGAGAGCCUCUCAGAGCCCAAGGUCUCCCCAGGGACCAAAAUACCAUCAGGGGGGAAGGGCGAGAAAGAAAGGAAGAAGGCAAAAAAGAAAGAGGCAGGGGAGACUGAGACAGGUUUGUCAGUGGGACAGAAACCCAAUAUCUCCAAGUGCCACAGCAUAUCCUUGAAGGUGAGCUACAAAGAGAGCAGUGAAAGGGAGGGACCCAGUGAUGGGGAGGAGUUACAGCUGACCAAUGAGGAGGACAGCGAGGCAUCUGAGGAGCCAAAGCCAUCAGGGCCAAGAAAGGGAAAGGAGGCAAGAGAAAGGCCAAGAGUUCAGCUCUACAGAGAAGAAGUAGUGGAGGCAAGAAGAAAGUGAAGAGUGAGGAGGAAGAUGGGGGGGCGGAGGAAGAGCAGGGGAUGAAGCCGGGCAGGAGGAAGGUGGGGAAGGGUGAAGACGAGUGGCUGAAGGUCUACCUGGAGAAGGCUGGGUGUGUGUGGACGUGGUGCAGGGGGUGGGGCAGCCUCCGCUGUUCUCCAAGCAGGUCACCCAGCCCAUGACCUACGUGGUAGCCGUGGAUGGGGACAGUCACCUGAAGGAUCUGGGCAGCAAGUACGACCCCACCUGGAUGACCUCCACCAGAAAGCGCCAGGUGGACGAGGAGUGGUGGGAAGUGACGAAUCUGAGAGAGACAUCCAGGAGGAUAAAGAGGUGAGAAUGAGACGCACAUCCACACACCUUCAUUUAUACAGCUUGUCAUAUACACUCCUCUCUCUGUGCUCUAGCUCCAGGGGAAGAUGCUGGACAAGCCGUUACCAACAUCAAUAGCAGAGUUCAAAAACCACCCCUGUAUGCCCUGAAGAGACAUCUACUGAGAUAUAAAGCCCUCUAACCCCCCCCCAGCAGCGAUCCUGGGGUACUGCAGGGGAGAGCCCGUCUACUCCAGGUAAGCAGCACACAUAACAGGGAUUUAGUUUAGUUCGUUUAUUAGUUUUUUCAUAACUGAUUUUGAAUGCAAAGCAUUAGAUAGAGGGCUGUUUAAAAGUAUAAUGUUGUUUCAAAGCAGAGUUAAUGGAAAUGUAUUAUCGUGGUAUUCGUAGAGUUUGUGUUUGGUAUCCAAAACAAAUGUAUAUUUUUUUGAUUGUGAAAAGUCAUGAGAAAUACAGUAGUACCUAUUUGCAUCUGGGUUAUCCACAGGGACUGUAUUCACGCACUACACUCCAAAAACACAUGGCUGAAGGAGGCACGCACCUUCCGUCUAGGAGAGGAGCCCUACAAGGUGAGCAGUCGUAUUCAUUAGGGCACACUGUAGCAAAACCCUCUCUCUCCCCCACACACUCUCUCAACCUCUCCUUUCUUCUCUCUCUCUCUCUCUCUCUCUCUCUCUCUCUCUCUCUCUGUCUCUCACUCACUCUCUCUCUCUCUCUCUCUCCCACACACACUCUCAACCUCUCUCUCUCUCUCUCAGAUGGUGAUAGGGUGUUCGAAUCACUCUCGGAAGGCCAGGAUGGUGUCAGAGCAGAAGGACAAAGAUGCCCUGCCUCUGUUUGGUGAAUGGCAGACAGAGGAGUACAGCCACCGGUAA